GUCGCUACCACACAGUACGAAGCUUUAAAAUCAUUUCUUGAAAUACAUCUCGCCAACGAAAAUGCCGAUGGUUCGAGAGCAGGCGCGAAAGAAAAAUUAAAUAAACUAACGCAAGUUCAAUUCUAUGAGCUUUCCACGGAUGUGUAUGACGAGUUGACUCGUCGACAAAUGAACUCGAACGAAGCCCCAUUUCUUCCAGUGCGCGAUGAAUUUCAUCCCAAAAGAAAUCAAGCGCGACAAAAGUUGGCUACAUUACCCACGACACGCUUUAAAGACCUGGCAGUUGAUAUUUAUUACGAACUAGAAAGACGCCAUCCUGAAUUAAAAGAUAUGAGGUUUCCAAAGCCUACACCACAGUAUUAUCAGCCAAAUAAUAAAUUUAAUGGUAAUUAUCAACCAGCAGCACCUGGACAAACUACAAUUAUUCCUAAAACCGGAACUGUGAAGCAGGAAAAAAUCGAUUUUCAAAUCCAGAAACCUACCAGUCGACCAGGUGCUGACAAUAAUGUUGAAAGUAAUCCAAAACCAUACGUAAAUGGUAAUCAUAGUAAUAUUCCAAUACCGGACAGUAUGCCACCAGAAUAUGGACUUUCAAGAGCACCAAGGAGUCGCUCCCAAUCCACUACGUCUUCUGUGUCCGAUAUAGGACACCAUUAUAUGAGCAUGGCUAGCGUUACUAGCUCUUCAAGUAAAGGAACUAGGGAUACG